AUGGCUCCCGUCACACACAUUGUCAUGUUUGAAUUCAAACCCGAGGUCACCAAGGCCCAGCGCGACGAGUUCAGCGCAGAGAUGCUCGACCUCAAGAACAAAUGCAUCCAUCCAAAGACCAAUCAGGCGUACAUUCUGCGCUCCACCGGCGGCACGGACAAUAGCAUUGAGGGCUUCCAGCACGGCAUCUCACACGCUUUUGUGGUUGAAUUCGCCUCCCCAGAGGACCGCGAGUACUACGUCAAGGAGGACCCGGCCCACCUCGCCUUUGUUCAGAAACUGUUUCCGUCUCUCGCCAAGCCCUACGUCGUCGACUUCACCCCCGGUGAAUUCAAUUAG